ACUAUCUAUCCCAUUAUGCCUGCCUCUGUGGUUCAUGUUCUACUCCUUGCCCUCCUCUUAACUAAAGUCACCUCUACCUCUCACCACCACCACCACCACCACCACCACCAUCAUGACCAACUCAAGUCCCUCCACUUUGCGCUUUUUCAACACGAAACCAUUAACAAAACCGGAUACAUUGUAGUUAAUGGCGUGGCCGGAACAGGUGUUAGUCAAACAACAACACCUUUUGGUACCCUCUUUGUUUUCCAGGAUCCGAUGACUGUCACAGCCAAUCGCUCUUCGAAGAUAGCUGGGAGAGCUCAAGGAACUUCCAUCACUUCCAGCUUGGAUGGGCUUGAGAGCAUUUCAAUUGCUAAGAUAACCUUGCGGCUGAAGCACUAUCGUGGAUCGAUUUCUAUUGUUGGAGGCACACAUAAUAUCAAGCCGGCCGAUCAUCCUGUUGUCGGAGGCACCGGUGAUUUCAAGCUUGUGCAGGGCUAUGUAACAUCAUCUCCGGUCAAUCUCACUGGCUUAACUGUUACCUACAAGAUCGCAUUCCAUCUUUACUGGCCUCCAUAUGCAACUCAAGCUUCUUAAUCCUAGAGUCAUUCCGACACAAAAGUGUUUCUAAAUUUCAAGUGUAUUCCACUUUUGCUGUAAAAUCUUAAAUAAGAAAAAUCUAAAGUGAGUGAUUUGAUCAUCGAUUA